CUCUCUCCUCGGCUCCGCCCAGGCAACUCCACCCCCAAUCCAACCGUACCGGCGGCGGCGAACGCGGCGACGAACCCGCGCAGCGCAGCCCAGGCGCCAUGGCCGCGCCGGAGGCACCCACGUGCUACGUCGGGGUCGCGCGCCAGUCCGCCGCCUUCCGCCUCAUGAAGCAAAUGGGAUGGGAAGAAGGUGAAGGCCUCGGGAAAGACAAGCAGGGUAUAAAGGGGCAUGUCAGAGUGAAACAAAAGCAGGACACACUAGGUGUUGGUGUGGACAAUCCUCAGAACAAAUGGGCGUAUGAUACCACCCAGUUCGAUGAUAUACUAAAGAAACUGAAAGUGCAAUCUACUACUCCUGCUAAAGAAAUUGAGGAUGUAAGCAGUUCACCUGACAGUACACCCAAGAAAGAUAAACCUGCAAAAGAUGAAGUCGCUAAAGUUACCCGGCCUCAAGGAAGAUAUAAGAAAAGGGAGAGGGGGAAAAGUGUGAGGGGUUAUUCAGCAGUUGAUCUUGAAGGCAUACUUGUUCGGAAGAAGGAAAAUGAUUGCGAGGUGGAUCAGGAAGUUCAACCAUCAUGUAUGGAAGAGCCUGAUAUCACCAUCGGCCAGGGUGCAGUAUCCCAAGCUGAAGAUGUGAACUGGUGGGGGCACAAGUUUGGAUAUGUAUCAGGAGGCUUUUUAGGAGCAAAAUCUCGCAAGAAUAAAAAAGAUAAUUCUAAUGUCCGUCAGAUGUUUGGGGAAGAUGAUCAAGAAAAUCUGUACAACCUUGUUCAGGACAAAGCUACAUCUGGAAAGCAGGGUCUUGGCAUCAAGGACCUGCCGAUGAAAGUUGGUGGCCAGCGUUGGAAGGGGAACAAAACCUCUCUUGGUGAUAGUGACGAGGAAAACUCAACCCAGUCUGAAUUAUCAGAAGUGGAAGAAGAUGAAGACGAGGAAGGAUCUGCCAGUGAUGCUAAAGUAAAUGAAGUACAUGUGAAAACCGUAAAAGAAGUUUGCGUGGAUGCUAAACCUAAAACCAAGUUCAAGAAGCUUUGCAAAAAAAUUCUUCGUCAGGCUCCAUCUCAGUCCAUGAAAUUGAAGGAGCUCAAGGAAGCUGUUGAAGAACACUCAACUAUUUUGUCCGACUUCUCCUGUAGACGUGAAGCUCUUUCAUUCUUGAAGAGGAAGCUCCAGGGAAGCAAGAAAUUCAAUCUGGAGGGCAAAAGGGUUCAUCUUGUAUCAUGAAGCAAAUACGAAGCCUACGGGAGACAAUAUGAUUUUGCGUGUGGCUCCUGCAGUCAUAUAUUUGUCGAUUGUUGCUUCGGACGAGUAUACAUACAGGCUGUGCACCAAGUGGCACGGUAUAGAUGUAAGGAGUCAUAGGCCUGGGACGGGGGCCAAAAUUUUGCAAAUCUUGCCAGCUGCUGGAAAUUUGGAAGUGUGUGCUGAGUCAUCUGUAUCGUAAUAUCCAUGUAGCUGAUGCAUCUAUAGGUGUUUGUAAUUUUUUUUUGUUGGGUGUAGACUUGUAUUUAGAGGAUGGUUAUGCCUAUUGUGCAUUGGCUGUCUCGGGUUUAGAACUCGCUCAUAUAAGUCUCCAAACUCACUUUGCUCCAUAAGUUUCCACAUGCAUAUGAUCAUCAACUAUUUUUCCCCCUGCUCAG